CAUUCUUGUCAAAUUCAUUUGCGUUUUGAUUAGUGAACCGUCUUUAUUAGUUUGUAAUUGUUUGUCCAAAAAGCGUUAUGAUGGCUGAAGAUACGACAGCCGACGCAACCAGGCGGUUAAACGUUAAAAAACAAACUUUGGACGAUGCUUACGCUGCCCCCGCGAACUUCUUAGAAAUCGACGUGGUGAAUCCAGUUACGAUGGGAGUUGGAAAAAAACGCUUUACGGAUUAUGAAGUUCGCAUGAGGACCAAUCUCCCGGUGUUUAAAGUGAAAGAGUCUAGCGUCCGACGACGGUACAGCGACUUCGAAUGGUUAAGAAAUGAACUCGAAAGAGACAGUAAGAUUGUAGUUCCGUCCUUGCCCGGCAAAGCAUUAAAAAGACAACUCCCAUUCAGAGGUGACGAUGGCAUAUUUGAAGAGGAAUUCAUUGAAGAUCGUAGAAAGGGUCUUGAGGUGUUUAUAAACAAAAUAGCUGGCCACCCGCUGGCCCAGAAUGAGAGAUGCCUGCAUAUGUUCCUACAGGAACCAUCCAUUGAUAAGAAUUAUGUCCCCGGCAAGAUUCGGAACCCAUAACCGGGAUACUGAGAACUCUAAUAUGACUCACACUCACCUAUUGGCUGGUCCAAGACAAAUAUACUGUUGACGUUUGUGUUAUAUAAAUGUUUAAAUUAAUUAAAUCCAAUGAAAUUGCUCGAGUACUUUUGUAAACUGUAUCAUCUCCGAGGCCGUUCCUCAUUAUGAUUUGUUCGGGUGAGUUUGUAAGUCGUUUUAAAGUUCAAUGAAUUGAAUGUUUUCAAAUUAACAUUUAAGUGUUAGGAGAAAAAAAAAAUAAACAUAUUUUUGAAUAAAAUCACAAUCCGCAAUAAAUUCACGCACUCAUUCCGCUGAAGACGAAAAAUAUAAAACGGUUCACAUUAUGUAUUGUUGGUGGCUUUUUGAGUAAAUUUAGAACAAAUUAUUGAGUAUUGAGUAAUAGUUUAACGUUUAGGCAUUAUGACUGUUAUUGUUUACUCGUGUUCGUUGCUGGAAUAUAUUUAUAAUAAUCUCGUAACUUUGUAUUUAUGCUUAAACUCCCAUUGUUUUAAUCAUUGUAAGUUGAAAAAUUACAUGUGUAUUUAUUGUGUAUUAGGAACUCGAUCGAUAGUUUAAGGUGCUUCACUUUGGUGUAGUGGUAUGGUGACAUUAUUUCAAAAUGAUUUUUUUUAACACCAUUUUAUUUUUCGUAUUUUUUUUUUAUGUAUCUCAUAAUAAUGUUGCCAUUAUAAGACUAAAAAUGUGUUGCGAUGCAGACGUUUGAGAAAUCUAUAAUAAAUAUAUAGAUGUAAAUUAGCUAUAGUUUUAUUUUAUACGAAUCGGGAGGACAACGUUAGCAAUAGAGGUCAUAUCACAGUACACCGGUGUUAUCAUUAUUCAAGUUAAAAAUAUUCAUAAAUAAAAAAUACAAAAUGA